UGGAAACUUUGUAUGAGUGAACAUGUUUUGGUGAUUGAGAAAGAUUGCAGAGUGUAGUGCGCGAAGGAUGCAUUUCCGAAAAUUCACAGGGAACAAAUAAAGAGAUGAUGGCAUCAUCUACGGUUGCUUAGCGCCUACUUGCCUGAACUGCCACGGGCAUGGAGUCAGACAGUACCAAGAGUUUCUGGUUUCGGACACUGAGUGCUCUCCGCAACAUUUCGAGGAAAUAACAAUUAUGUUAUUCAAGUGAUAGUGGACAUUUACCAAACUCGAUUCAAAGUAUCUUUGCAUCGCUGUAAUUCAUAAUGUCUGAUCAGAAUUACUACUGGACUGUUUUGCCCAGCUACAAAACAAGUUUUGUGACUGGGGCCAUGAUGAAAAGAUCAAAAAGUUGCCGUAACAACAAGAGAAGGAGUCUGGCAGUCGGGACCCCAUCGCCCACACUCUCACGACCUCUCUCACCUCUCCCCCUCGCCACAGCUGGAAGUAGUCCCCAAGAAAGCCCCCGAAAUGUCUCCGCUAGUGCCUCCGCCAACUUCCAGUUUGCGCGCAGCCACCUGGCCCGCACUGAAAGAGCGGAUGGGCGAAGAUGGUCUGUGGCCUCCGUCCCCUCGUCAGGCUAUGGCACCAACCCCCCCAGCUCCUCAGUGUCAUCCUCCUCCUCCUCCCAGGAGCUCUUGCACCAGCUGCCCUUCCAGCCCACGGCAGAUGAGCUUCAUUUCCUGUUUAAACACUUCCGGAGCACGGAGAGUGUAGCGGACGAGGAGGGGCAGCCCUCACCCCCUGUGAGGCUCCGCUCCCGCAGUCUCAGCCCUGGUCGGACAUGUGGCACCUUUGACAAUGAGAUUGUAAUGAUGAACCACGUUUACAAAGAGCGCUUUCCGAAGGCCACAGCCCAGAUGGAGGGGCGUCUGCUGGACAUCCUCGCCGACUGCUCCCCAGACAGCAACUUGCCGCUGGCCGACGGCGUGCUGGGCUUCAUCCAGCACCAGCUAGUGGAGCUGGCCAGAGACUGCCUAGACAAGUCCCAGAUGGGCCUGGUCACCUCACGCUACUUCAUAGAGCUACAGGAGAACCUGGAGAAGCUACUGCAUGAGGCGUACGAGAGGUCCGAGAGCGAGGAGGUGACCGUUAUCAUCAAGCUGGUGAAGAAGAUUCUCAUCGUCAUCUCCAGGCCAGCCAGGUUACUGGAAUGUCUGGAGUUUGACCCGGAGGAGUUCCUUCACCGUCUGGAGGCAGCGGAGGGCCACGCCAAGGUGGGCCAGGUCAUCAAGACAGACAUCCCCCGCUACAUUAUCAGCCAGCUGGGUCUCACCAGAGACCCUCUGGAAGACAUGGUCCUUCUGGAGCAGACCAGCCCUGGGCACGGAGCGGCCUGCAGAGACGCUGACGACACUGGGGAGAACCGGACAGCCUGCACUCCUUCUCGCAGGAAACCGCUGGAGAGCGACUUUGAGACCAUCAAGCUCAUCAGCAAUGGGGCCUAUGGUGCUGUGUUCCUGGUGAGGCACAGGGAGACCCGGCAGCGUUUCGCCAUGAAGAAGAUCAACCGGCAGAAUCUGAUGCUGAGGAACCAGAUCCAGCAGGUGUUUGUGGAGCGGGACAUCCUGACCUUCGCUGAGAACCCCUUCGUGGUCUCCAUGUUCUGCUCCUUCGAGACGAGACGACACCUCUGCAUGGUCAUGGAGUAUGUAGAAGGUGGGGACUGUGCAAACCUGUUGAAAAACAUUGGACCGCUGCCAGUGGACAUGACCCGGAUGUACUUUGCGGAGACGGUCUUGGCACUGGAGUACCUCCACAACUACGGCAUUGUACACAGAGACCUGAAACCUGACAAUUUGCUGAUCACAUCCAUGGGCCACAUCAAGCUGACUGACUUUGGCCUGUCCAAGAUCGGCCUGAUGAACAUGACCACCAACCUGUAUGAGGGACACAUUGAGAAGGACACAAGGGAGUUUAUAGACAAGCAGGUGUGUGGUACUCCAGAGUACAUAGCCCCAGAGGUGAUCCUGAGGCAGGGCUAUGGGAAGCCGGUGGACUGGUGGGCUAUGGGAAUCAUCCUCUAUGAGUUCCUGGUGGGCUGCGUGCCUUUCUUCGGGGACACGCCCGAACAGCUCUUCGGACAGGUGGUCAAUGAUGACAUUAUCUGGCCUAAAGGGGAGGACACCCUGCCUGCUGAUGCCCAGGACCUGAUCACCAGGCUGCUGAGACAAAGCCCCCUAGACCGCCUCGGGACUGGGGGAACACCAGAGGUCAAGAUGCACAUGUUCUUUGUGGGUCUGGACUGGAACGGACUGUUACGACAGAAAGCUGAGUUUAUCCCCCAACUGGAGACUGAGGACGACACCAGCUACUUUGACACCCGGUCUGAGCGGUACAGCCACCUGGAUUCUGAAGAUGAUGAUGAUGAUGAUGAUGAGACCUGUGACGAAGAUACGUCCCUGGAGCUCAAGCAGUUCUCCUCUGUGGCACAUCGCUUUAGCAAGGUGUAUAGCAGCACAGAGCACCUGUCCACAUCCACGCCAUCCAAUCAGAGCCUGUCGUCGUCGGACCGCAGCCACAGUGAGGAGAAGGAGGAGAGGUGGGAGGGGAGGGGUGUCCUCUCCCCAGGAGAGGGACACAAACAUGUGGCCAGUGGGGACCGGAGGAUGGAGGGCCACAGAGGAAGCCUGCGUCCCAGGGCCUCCUCCAGUUUGUCCCAGUCAGAGAGGAGUGCCAGUCCGCUGGUGAUGAACAGCACCCAGAGCCUGGACACCAUGCCACGCUUCGCCAUCGCAGCUGAGGAAGAGGAUGGCGUAGUGUCCAACUUGCGGCGUAUCCGUCUUCGUAGUAACAGCACAGGCACGCGGCCCUCCUACAGGCGAGGGGCGUCCCGCCGCAUCGGGCACCAGCUGGACACCCCUGAGAAGCUCAGGCCCCCGGCGGGCUGCAAGGUCCCCAAGUCAGCCUCCAUCUCGGGCCUGUCCCUUAUCAUCACCCCAGACACCACGGACGGUCUCCCCAGCAGCCCCAAGUCAUCGCUGUCCCUAUCCUCCAACCCCUCGUCCCGGGACUCGUCCCCCAGCCGGGGAGACCUGUCCCUCAGCAUCACCAGCCUUCGCCCCCCCAUGGUCAUCCACAGCUCUGGGAAGAGGUUCGGUUUCGCCCUGCGCGCCAUCCGCGUCUACAUGGGUGACUUGGACGUCUACACCGUGCACCACAUGGUCUGGUGUGUGGAGGAGGGCACUCCGGCCCACGAGGUGGGCCUUAGGGCUGGUGACCUCAUCACCCACGUGAACGGGGAGUCGGUCCAGGGGCUGGUGCACACUGAGGUGGUGGAGCUGCUUCUCAAGAGUGGCAACAAGGUGACGCUGCAGACCACGGCCCUGGAGAACACCUCCAUCAAGGUGGGCCCAGCCAGGAAGACCAGCUACAAGAGCAAGAUGGCUCGACGCAGCAAGAAGAGCAAGAGGAAGGACGGCCAGGAAGGUAGACGACGUACCAUCUGGAAGAAGCUGUCCAAGCACACCCCUCCUCCCAUGCAGAGCAGUCGCAGUUUUUCCUCCGGCUUCCAACAUUCAGUCUCCUCCAGUGACAGCCUGUCUGGCUCCCCCACCCAGAGCCUCUCGCCUGGGCCCUCCACACCCUGCCGCUCCCCCGCCCCCGACCAGUCUGGAGACUCCAACUCCCCCCAGAGCUCCUCUCCCUGCUCCAGCUCUCCCAACUCCCCCGUCCCCCAGGCCCGUCCCAGCUCCCUUCAGGUCCUGGGCCGCUACACCAAGGCAGGUCGCUGCAAGUCCACCAGCAGCAUCCCCCCCUCCCCGCUGGCCUGUAUCCCACCUCCGCAGCCCCUCUCCCCCCAGUGCUCUCCGUCCUCCAUCCCCAGCCUGUCUAAAGGCCUCCACGGCUUCCACGGCAAGACCCUGUCCCCUCCCACCAUAGCCCGCCAUUCUGUGCGCCCCCGCAGCGCCGAGCCGCCCCGCUCGCCCCUCCUCAAGAGGGUGCAGUCGGCCGAGAAGCUCUCAGGGGUGUACCACGGCGACAAAAAAGCCUUUGCCACCCGCCGACACACCAUGGAGAUGCCCCUGUCGGAAGGGGAGGGGCUAGAGGACCUGGAGGAUACCGCCACAGGGUUUGUCUGUGUGGGAGAACAACAUGGCCGCCAGGGCCUGUAUCUGGGUGGUCAGAGAAGCCACAGGGAGUCGGCCAGCAGCGACCACCGCUCCAAGGAGGUGGUGGUGAUGAGGAAACUUGCCCUGUCUGAGAGGAGGGACUCCUUUAAGAAGCAGGAGGCGGUGCAGGAGGUUAGCUUUGACGACCCGGAGGAAAAGGAGGCGCCAAGCCCCGCGAUCCCCGUCAGGCAGCCGCGUUUCAAGGCGUCGUGGAUCAACUCGGCUCAGUCCGACUGGAGCCUGGAGGCGGCGGGGCGAGGAGCACAGGGUACAGCAGCGCAGAAAUCCAAACCAAAGGAGAAGGAGGGUUAUUAGCCUAGCGUUGCUCCAAGAAGGUGAAAGGUCAAGGUAGAGUCUCACUCUAGACUAAGGUUACCUACUUUCUGACCGACUACUGUACAGUACAUGAAGGGCUUGUAUGUUUAUCCGCGAGAAUAUACUCAAGCCUGAGCCAAUCGAGGCAACCGGAGGGAGAGAACAAAAACGAUGCCGUCACACGGUUGAGUUACAGUAUGCAUCAUACCACUCUCAAAACUGUUGAUCCAAAAUUGGUUUACAUCCUUUUUUUGGUUUCCCCUUCCUUCCCCUCUUUGGUUUUAGGUUGUAGCACCUGUAACAUUUUUGUACUUUGUAAAUACCUUUUUUUUUCUAAGUUUUUUUUUAUAACCUAUUUAUGACUUUUUUUUAAUGUUCAUUUUAUUUGUUUCGGGCUGAAUAUGACUUAAUGUAUUGGCCCUUAUUUGUGAAAACGUCACAUUUGAUGCAGCCAUUCUGUUGUGUGAAUUGAUAGAGACAUGAGGAAACUUCAAGUUAAUGAACUAAAUUAAGAACAAAGGUUUGGAUGUGGUUUCUAGAUGGAGACAGCAGAUGAAGAAAAUGUUUUCUCCAAUAUCUCUGUUAAAUUGGUUAACAUUUUAUUAGUAUUCCAAAAGUGGCUGCUGAUUUUGUCUGAUCAAAUUUGUCCUUUCAAACAUACGUUGAAUGUUUAUGUACUUAACGUGUGUCUAAGCCCUUUAAUUCAGUGCCAUUUUUAACACACUAGAACGAUAAUGUGGUAGUAGUAAUUUGUGGUCACUAUCAAGACUGGAUCCAAAAGAAUCAGGGAUAGUGAAAUAGUGCCACCGUGCCAAAGCAUGGAUUACUCAUAAGAACCCUUCUAAAUAAGAGGUACCGCACAUAGGAAGCUUCAGGAAUGAACCCUGCUGCCAUGCCCUGUCAAUCAUCCAGUGAUGUCAUCAAAUGGAUACACUCCACCGAUUCUUCUUUAGUUUAAAUCACAAAAUGAUUGACGGGACACAGAAUAAUUGCUACCUUUUGAUACUAGUGUUAGGGCAUUGCAGGAUCACCAUCUACCUGCUUGUUGACGCAAGCUACCCUACAAUGUAAUCUAGCAGAAGAGUAUAUUUGCACAGGUUAGGCGUUUUCCCUUAACACUGUUCUCAUAAUUCAUAAGUUUUCCUUUUGCAUUUGAAGAUUUAUACAGUUCAUGUAGGAACGCUCCCUGUGCUGUUUUUAAACCAUGUUAUAUGAAUGAAUGUUUACAUUUUAGGGUCAGAUGUGUACUGUAUGUCAACUUUUUCAAUCUUCACUGUUAAAAGGGGCAAUCGGCAAUUGCUCCAUCCAUUUUUGGACUUAUAAAUUAAUGAUAUGUACCCAUAGAUUCUUGAAGAUUAUAAUUUAUAAAAGAUUCAUGAGCUUAGUUCAACUGUCAUUCCCCAUCAGCACCCAAAAUUAUAAACAUGUUUUGCUCCAGUGGUUGUAAAUGUAAACAAACACUGUAAAGCCUCAAAACAUGGUUAGAACUCCCAUUUCUCUAGCCCCAUUCCCCAUUCCUCAGCUUUUUACUGAAACAGUGGCGGGGAGUGCACUUAGUUAUUGUUACAACGAAUUACAGGGAUCAGCAGGAUUCCAACAGAAGCCAUGAAGGACAAAGAAAUUGAACUGUGUUUUGUAUAUUUUUAUAUGGAAGCAGUCUUGUUGCAUUGCUGAUACGCCUAUGCUGUUUACAAACACCAUAACUAACCUAAACAGCAGUUGGCAAUGGUUAAAAGGUGUGUGUGUGUGGGUGUGUGUGUGUGGGGGACAACAGACUUGAUAGAAUGACAGAGGUUUGGUGAAAGAUUUGAAGAUGUAGGCAAUGGUUUGGCUGUCAACGUUGUAUACUGUCAUUGUUUUCUUUUGCAACUAUAGAAUUAACAACCAAAAUUAUUCUACUCGUGGGUAUUUCAAAUACACUGUAAUAUUAGGAUGAACUGUCUGUAUGUCAGGUGAUGUUAGGAACACGUGUUUCACAGUUUGCUGGGGAUAUGGGAAUAUUGAUAGAGUUAAAAUACAAAUAAUAAUUUGUCACCAACUAAUACUUGAACAACUGGAACGAGAUAGGAUAACAGAAGGUCAGAAAUCUAAAACGUAUCUAUUUUAUUUAUAUACUUCAUUAGAACUUGAAACAAAUAAGUGUGAUUUUUGUGAGGGUAUAAUCAAAUAGGUCAUUCAAUUCCAAAUGGAUUUCCCAGAUCUUGAUGUUGUCAAAGUGUGGUCCCUUUAUUGGAAGUACUGCCUCUUCCUACUACUGUGUCCUCAUGCUAGACAUUUUUCACUGAACUCAAUAACUACUUGUUAUAUUAGUUAAUGUUGUUUUCAUGGUAUUGCUUGCUAGAGACUUUGUCUGAUUCUUACAGCAUGGAGAAGGAGACUUCGAUUGCAAAUAUAUGACCCAUUCUGCACUUCUACACUGUUUAAUGUAACACAAGAAAAAAUACACUGGUUCUGAAUGCACCCAAAUUAGUGUGUAUUUUUACAUAACUGAAAUGUAUUCAUUUAGUGGUCUUUGAUUCAACUUCAAUAAUAAACAGAGCGAAAGCCUGAGGUGGACGAAGAAUAUAACCAACUGAUUACAACUACCUUCUCAUAUUUUUCCUGAUGUAUGAUAAAUGUGGAUAUCUGUAAUGGUCAGUUGGAAUCCAUAAACAUCAUUCAUGUUUGUUUCGUUGUCUUACCUUGGUGACCCUCAAACUACUUCAUUGUAUAUUUCCCAAACUGGUUUCUGGUGAAAGUUGGUGUGAAAUCCAUUUUCUCUCAAUUGUCUAACAGUGUUUGAAAUAAAUUAAUGGCAGAAGACUAAUA